AUGAGUGACUGGUGGGUCAAAUACCAAGGCGUGAUUCCUAGUGCAGGUGUCUUUUUCCCAGAAGAAGACUGGCUAUCUCUGCAUUCCAGCUCUUGCCACAAGCUCCAUACCUACCGCUACCCAGUAUCAAACCCCCGAGCUCUUAUUUUUCUAUUUCACGGGUCAUUUUCUUCUUCAAGCUAUUACACCCACUUCGCCUCCAAACUUGCCAAGCAGAAAUUUGAAGUCCUUGCUUUCGAUCAAGCUGGCCAUGGCAAAAGCAGCGGUCCUCGAGGUGUAUAUUCUGAUCUAAACAAUACCUACGAAGACGCAGCCGAAUACAUUUUUCGAGCAAAAGAGCAUUACCCUAAAGACACCCCAAUCUUUUUAGCAGGUGACGGAAUUGGUGGCACAAUUUGUCUAGAAAUCGCUUUAAGCUACCCAGCUGUCAUAAAAGGCCUUAUUCUUUUUGCACCCCAGAUUGGAGUAAAUUCAAAUUUUUCACGAUGCCAAUAUAAGUUUUCCAAGUGAAUUUCUUUUUGUUAUCCUGCAAUGCUGGCAGAGCCUAUUGAUAUUGAAACUUUAUCGAGAAAUCCUCAUAAUACUUCAUGGUGAAACGAAAACCCUGACAUGGUAAAAGGGAGAAUCCAAAUUGGUACAACGGUAAAUUUAAUCAAUGCUAUAGAGAGGCUUAGAGGGAGAUUAUGGGACAUAAAAACGCCUUUUAUCCUUUUCCAAGGUGGAAAAGACAAUUUUUCAGACCCAGAACAAGCAGAAACGUUCGGCAGAUGGUCGCGGGCUGAAGACAAAGAAUUCGUAAUCUACGAAAAUAUGCACCAUUUCAUCGCAAAUGAGCCAGAAUUCCCAGAAAUCAUUGGGAGGACUAUUAACUGGUUAUCACUUCGGCUUGAGCACUUAGAAAUGAAUAAUCAUUUAUAA